AGUUCCUUCUAGGCUUUUCCGCGGAGGGAUCUCUGAGGGUGUGGCGUCACCGAUGACUAUAUAAAGGGGCACCGGGCGUGGCGCAAUCAGUUGGUCGGCUCCGGAGUUCGUUUGCUGUUCUUCUGUGCUCGGUGCUGCUGCCGCCGCCGCCACUUGACAAUGCAGAUCUUCGUGAAGACCCUGACCGGUAAAACCAUCACUCUCGAGGUGGAGCCCAGCGACACCAUCGAGAACGUGAAGGCCAAGAUCCAGGACAAGGAGGGCAUCCCCCCUGACCAGCAGAGGCUGAUCUUUGCCGGCAAGCAGCUGGAAGAUGGACGCACCCUGUCUGACUACAACAUCCAGAAGGAGUCCACUCUCCACCUGGUCCUGCGUCUGAGGGGCGGCAUGCAGAUCUUCGUGAAGACCCUGACCGGUAAGACCAUCACCCUGGAGGUGGAGCCCAGCGACACCAUUGAGAACGUGAAGGCCAAGAUCCAGGACAAGGAGGGCAUCCCCCCUGACCAGCAGAGGCUGAUCUUUGCCGGCAAGCAGCUGGAAGAUGGACGCACUCUGUCUGACUACAACAUCCAGAAGGAGUCCACUCUCCACCUGGUCCUGCGUCUGAGGGGCGGCAUGCAGAUCUUCGUGAAGACCCUGACCGGUAAGACCAUCACCCUGGAGGUGGAGCCCAGCGACACCAUCGAGAACGUGAAGGCCAAGAUCCAGGACAAGGAGGGCAUCCCUCCUGACCAGCAGAGGCUGAUCUUUGCCGGCAAGCAGCUGGAAGAUGGACGCACCCUGUCUGACUACAACAUCCAGAAGGAGUCCACUCUCCACCUGGUCCUGCGUCUGAGGGGCGGCAUGCAGAUCUUCGUGAAGACCCUGACCGGUAAGACCAUCACCCUGGAGGUGGAGCCCAGCGACACCAUCGAGAACGUGAAGGCCAAGAUCCAGGACAAGGAGGGCAUCCCUCCUGACCAGCAGAGGCUGAUCUUUGCCGGCAAGCAGCUGGAAGAUGGACGCACCCUGUCUGACUACAACAUCCAGAAGGAGUCCACUCUCCACCUGGUCCUGCGUCUGAGGGGCGGCAUGCAGAUCUUCGUGAAGACCCUGACCGGUAAGACCAUCACCCUGGAGGUGGAGCCCAGCGACACCAUUGAGAACGUGAAGGCCAAGAUCCAGGACAAGGAGGGCAUCCCCCCUGACCAGCAGAGGCUGAUCUUUGCCGGCAAGCAGCUGGAAGAUGGACGCACCCUGUCUGACUACAACAUCCAGAAGGAGUCCACCCUCCACCUGGUCCUGCGUCUGAGGGGCGGCAUGCAGAUCUUCGUGAAGACCCUGACCGGUAAGACCAUCACCCUGGAGGUGGAGCCCAGCGACACCAUCGAGAACGUGAAGGCCAAGAUCCAGGACAAGGAGGGCAUCCCUCCUGACCAGCAGAGGCUGAUCUUUGCCGGCAAGCAGCUGGAAGAUGGACGCACUCUGUCUGACUACAACAUCCAGAAGGAGUCCACUCUCCACCUGGUCCUGCGUCUGAGGGGCGGCAUGCAGAUCUUCGUGAAGACCCUGACCGGUAAGACCAUCACCCUGGAGGUGGAGCCCAGCGACACCAUCGAGAACGUGAAGGCCAAGAUCCAGGACAAGGAGGGCAUCCCCCCUGACCAGCAGAGGCUGAUCUUUGCCGGCAAGCAGCUGGAAGAUGGACGCACUCUGUCUGACUACAACAUCCAGAAGGAGUCCACUCUCCACCUGGUCCUGCGUCUGAGGGGCGGCAUGCAGAUCUUCGUGAAGACCCUGACCGGUAAGACCAUCACCCUGGAGGUGGAGCCCAGCGACACCAUUGAGAACGUGAAGGCCAAGAUCCAGGACAAGGAGGGCAUCCCCCCUGACCAGCAGAGGCUGAUCUUUGCCGGCAAGCAGCUGGAAGAUGGACGCACCCUGUCUGACUACAACAUCCAGAAGGAGUCCACCCUCCACCUGGUCCUGCGUCUGAGGGGCGGCAUGCAGAUCUUUGUGAAGACCCUGACCGGUAAGACCAUCACCCUGGAGGUGGAGCCCAGCGACACCAUCGAGAACGUGAAGGCCAAGAUCCAGGACAAGGAGGGCAUCCCUCCUGACCAGCAGAGGCUGAUCUUUGCCGGCAAGCAGCUGGAAGAUGGACGCACCCUGUCUGACUACAACAUCCAGAAGGAGUCCACCCUCCACCUGGUCCUGCGCCUCAGGGGCGGCAUGCAGAUCUUUGUGAAGACCCUGACCGGUAAGACCAUCACCCUGGAGGUGGAGCCCAGCGACACCAUUGAGAACGUGAAGGCCAAGAUCCAGGACAAGGAGGGCAUCCCCCCUGACCAGCAGAGGCUGAUCUUUGCCGGCAAGCAGCUGGAAGAUGGACGCACUCUGUCUGACUACAACAUCCAGAAGGAGUCCACCCUCCACCUGGUCCUGCGCCUCAGGGGCGGCAUGCAGAUCUUUGUGAAGACCCUGACCGGUAAGACCAUCACCCUGGAGGUGGAGCCCAGCGACACCAUUGAGAACGUGAAGGCCAAGAUCCAGGACAAGGAGGGCAUCCCCCCUGACCAGCAGAGGCUGAUCUUUGCCGGCAAGCAGCUGGAAGAUGGACGCACCCUGUCUGACUACAACAUCCAGAAGGAGUCCACUCUCCACCUGGUCCUGCGCCUCAGGGGUGGUGUGUAAACUAUCCCCUUUCAUUUAAGCUUCAACAAAUUUCAUUGCACUUUCAAUAAAGUUGUUGCAUUCCA